UCAAAAUAGUGUCAUGUCUUAAACGACUUGUUUGAUGAUUCAACGAUAAUGACAACAAUAGUAUCGAAGUUAGGCAGAGACAUUCCACGCCUUUGUUUCACUAUUACGUGAUUACAUGUGCUCUUCAUUUUGUUGCCGCUUAUAAGUGGCUGAAAACCUUGAAAAAAAAAAAAUAAAUAAAAUAAUGACGUUAGCCGUGUUUUGCAAUUUGCUUUUUGUUGUAUUAUUUUUAAAUAGUUUUGAACAAGUGUUAUUGUUACAGUGCAAAGAUGAACGAAACCAAGACGUUGAUUGGUUUGUAUUGUACAAAAUACCAAAAAUAUCGGACAGCAACAAUAAUUUAAUAAAAAAUGGUGCUGCCUAUUUGUACAUGCACAGCAAUAAUUAUAAUAAUGGGUGGACAUUGUCGGACAAAGAUAUUGGCAGUAAAGAAUCCAUUCCUGCCUACACGUUAGCUCCUUUUUACGACAAAAAGCAGAGUAAAGAUUUCAUGUGGAUAUUGUACAAUGACCAACCACCUAACAAACCAUCAAUUAUGUACAAUGGCCAUACAAAAGGAGCAGUGAUGGUAAACGAGCACAAAGGAUUCUGGCUGAUUCACAGUGUACCCAAUUUUCCACCAGAGCCUGAACAUGGUGUGCAAAGUAAUAGACAGAAAAAAGAAAACGAUGUAAAUGACGCAGAAGCAUCAAAAUCUAAAGUCAAUAAUUUACCGGUGGGUGAAUAUAACUAUCCUUCCUCGGGAAAAGUAAAUGGACAAAGCUUUAUGUGUAUUUCUACCAUUGGCAAUCAUUUUGAUACCAUUGGCAAACAAUUGAUGUAUAAUCAAAUCUUGGUAUUCAAAAAGAAUUUACCAAAGGAUAUAUCUGAUAAGUACACCGUUCUCACCGAUGCAGCAAAUGAGAAAAAAAUAAAAAAGGAACCAUACAACAAUUCAGUUAACUUUUAUUCCACUGGUGGUAUGGAAUUCAAAUCGUUUGCAAAAAGUAGUAAAUGGGCUAGAGAUCUGUACGAUGACUUUGUGGCACCAGAAUUGAAUACCGAUUUGUAUGCAGAAACUUGGCUCAAUGGUCGGGGUAGAUUACCCUCCGAAUGUAAUGCAUCAAGCGUUUACAACGUUCAGUUAGUUUACUUGUCGAUAGCUAAGGUAGAAUUCAAAAGCUCUCAUGACCAUUCUAAAUGGGCUGUAUCCAAUGAUGGCAAAAACAAGGGAUCUUGGGUUUGCAUUGGAGAUAUUAACAGAGCUGACACUCAAUUCGAAAGAGGAGGUGGAACCGUUUGUUUGAACGUGCCCGAAGUUUGGAAAAACUACAGAGACACAGUCAAGGAUGUAGAGCCUUGUCCAAAGUCUCCUAAGAACAAAAAGGGAAUAUUUGAACCAAUAAAAUCUUGGUUUGCCUCAAUGUUCACCCGACGAGGAAAACAAAGUUAGAUUUAUUUACCAUUUAUCAAACGCACAAAGUAUCCAUAUGAUAAUAUAUACGUAUUAUUUUUUAUAACAAAGAGAUAUUUUAUACAUGGAUGCAUAUGUAUGUAUGUA